GUGUGGAGUUUGCACGCUCUCCCCGUGUUUGUGUGGGUUUUCACCAGGGGCUCCGGUUUCCUCCCACAGUCCAAAGGUGUGCAGGAUAUGCUGAUUGCAGGGACAAUGGCCGCACUGGUAGGACGCCUGAGUGCCCUGAGGGUGAUGGUCCUUGUCUCACUUCUGAGUCAAACAGCACAAUUUGGAUUCGAUGAGAUAGAAUGGGAUGAGUUGAGACCCGACGUGGCUUUGCUGCACAGACUGAUGGGGCUGCCUGACCGAGUCGUACAUCAAGCUCCUGCACAUUUGAAAUCCAGCAGAAUGAAAAGAGAUGUACCGACCACAUCCACGGCAUUCUUCAAGGAUCUAUGGAAAUGUCAAAAUCUUACUGAGUGUGUCAUUCAGAACGAGCAGAACUUCAGAAGAUUUAUGAAAGAAAUUGAGAGCAGCAAGAUUGAAGAUAAACUCGUUUUGGCAUCACAGCUGUCUUACACUUACCAAAAUAAGCUCAUACUCAUCAUGGACCAGGAGAUGGACAUUCUUCAGAGGGCACAGCAGGAGUACAGUGAAGAUCCUCAUUAUUCCAUCAAGGUUGAUAAAACAUGUAUAGAAAAUUACUCCUGUACCCCAACUGCUGUCAGUACCACAAUUGUUAAGAUAUUUGGCAGGACCUCUGACAGUGGAGACACCCUGUCUGGUUAUUCUGGCUCAGCUCUUGCAACUCAGAUUUUGAGGUCGAAGCUGGUAUCUGCACCAGUAUUCUCCAUUGAUGGUAACACCAGUGCUGUGUUUCAGUACAACUUCAUGAGGAUUUUUAAGCCAAAUGGUAUUACUCCUGUCCUGGAGAUAGCAAACCAAAAUGAUCAUAUUUACCAAGUUAUGGAUCAGAGUGGCAAAACUACUAGGUUACAAGUCCCAAAGAGACCUGCAGAUCACACCACUCAGUAUGACUGGCAGAACAUCCUGAUCAUGGAGGAUGAUCCCACAGUUCGAAAGAUGGCCACCUUUCUGUAUGAAAAACACCCAACUGUGUCUUCUGUCUACGUUCUGGAGAAUCAGAAACCCAAACUGAUCAAAGGUGACGCUGUACCAUUGUCUCAGGACAGCAGACUUGUGCUUGUUGGACAUGGAAAAAGAGAUGGUACAGAAAUGAAGAUGGGGGGAUACAGGAGCAAGGAGGUGGCUGAGAUCAUCUCACACAUGAACAGAGAUGGAGACCACAUCAAAACCAUUAGUAUGGUGGCCUGUGAGUUAGGGUCAGAUAAGGUGUUCAUUAGCAACUUGCUGAAGGACCUCCAUGCCAGGUCCAUCAAAACAAAAUUACAUCUGAAGAGAUCUCUGUUGCAGGUUGGUCCCUCUGGGAAGAAGAUAACAGUGGAAAUAACCCCUGAUGGAAUAGUAUAUAGACAGAAAGAUCACAACAUGAAAGUAGUGGCUUGGCUUGACAAAAAUGAAGAAGUAAUUAUAGAAGUUCAAUCCAGUGAAAGAGGAGAACCAAUUUUUCCAGAUGAACAUAACUUUUUAAUUCUUGGUGAUGAAGAACACUGGCCCACACAUCCAAGAAAAUUUGUUCAGAAUGAUGCACGAGAAGAUCACACCACUGACCUUGAAGCUUUAUCCUGGGCAUUUUUCCAUAAAAAAAAGAAUGAAGACUUAAUCAAUUUACUUACACAUCCGACCCGUCGGUCAGAAGAUAAAUAUUUAAUAAGUGCUGCUAAAAUAAAAAAGGAUGGGAAGGUGUUCAAACAAGAGGACGUUCGAGAAAAGGAUUGGCUUAAUUCCGAUAAAGAUAUCAAUAAAGUUCUUGAUAACUGCUAUGAAAUAAAGUCUAGUAACGACAUCAUGAAUAUUAUUACCCACUAUACGACCUUCAGUAAAAAUGACAAGACAGGGUCAUAUCUGAUGUUGCAUGAUUGGAUUUUUCAGAUUGCACAUGGAAAUAUUUAUGUUUUUCCUGUUGGGAAAAGACUUAGUAACAAUGAGAAAGGGGUUAUUAAGAAAGAAAAUGAAAUUAAAAACUGCAUUUAUGAACAAUCUGGCAAAGAACAAUACAAGUUCAUGAAGAGUACAAUUACAAAUUUUGAAGAUGGUAAACAAUUAUAUGCAAAAUAUGCUAGAGAGACGCUUCAAGGUACCUACAUUAAAGGUUCAAAUGAUCAUAAUAUGGAGGCGUGGUUUGGCACAUACUUCACAGCAUCAGUUAUAUCUGAAUCUUCUAGAAAUUUUCGUACAUUCCCUGCCAUUCUGAUGGCUCUGGACAUGAGCCAAAACUCUGACAAUAAUAUCAGAGAAAAGGGACUCAAAGCCCUGUUUGAAGAGCAUCCAAUGGCAGGAGGAGGGACUUGGAUUUCACCAGAAAAAAGAGGGUUUUUUGGAUCAAGCACAGUCACAGGAAGAUAUGACAAGACAAGUAAUCUAAGGAAAGUGACAAGUGCUGAAGAAAACAUUUAUUCAUCAUGGUCUAACAACAAUGAAGGAGAGGAUAAAAUGAUAGAACGCCUGCUUCAGCUUGUACCUCUAAAUGACAAUGGACAAAGCGAGUUGGUUAAGCAAAAUUUCAAGGAUGAUUUUAAAAAAUUCAAACAAGAAAUUAACCAAAACCAACCACAUGUUUUGGGAGGAUCAGAUGAUGGACGUGUAACAUCCCAGGAUAUGCAGUUAGCUUCUGAAGUAGAACAUUCCCUUAAACUAUCCUCACAUUACUCCAGGUCAUCUAAUCUACUCAGUGACCGGAUUGAGAGUCAGUGGAAAGGAAGUUUUGGUGAAACGUUGGGUGGACUUAAAGUGGAUUCACACAGUGUUAGAGUAGAGGAUGGAAAAUUUCACUGUCUCCUACAAUAUGAGAAUUAUCCCAGACCACUUGACUAUAGCGUGGCAUUGCCUGAAGAGGCCCAGCGUCACAUGGAGACAUUUCAGAAAAACAUGAGAGAUGUUUCUGAAAUUAACAGUCCUGAUCCAACCAAAAUCCACAAGAGUCCUGAGCACUUGGAGCGUAUGGGGAAAAUAGUGGGAACCGUAGGACUGAUGUUGGGAAUGCAGGGUGCUGUUCGCGCCUUUGAAACAGGAGACAUCAAACAUGGAGUUAUGGGAACCUUGCAGACAACCCAUGGAAUCACACAAAUGGCUUUGGCUGCACUAGCAAAGGCUUCGGUAACUUCAGAAACGAAAGUUAUGAAAGUUAUGAAAACUUUAAUAAAGAGUCGAGCUGGAAGAUUUACAAUGAAUGUUGUUAUGCCACUUGCUGGAAUUGGAUUUGGCAUUUACAAUGUUUUAGAAGACCUUCAGAGAAACGAUACUCUGCGAAAUGUUGAUUUAGGCUUAGAUCUACUCAUUUUAGACCUUGAUAUUAUUGAAUAUGCCCAACCAGAACUGGCACCAAUUAUAGCUCCAGUAAACUUAGCGUUAAACAUAAUAAGAAUGGGAAUUGAUUACAUUUAUAUCAGUAUCCAGAAUGAAUUAGCAAAUCUACCACAGAACGCUGGAACGCUGCUCAAAAUUGAAGCUGUUUUCAAAGGACUUAUAGAGGGAGAAAAUUAUUUAACCCUUGAUGUGCUAAACUUUUUUUACACAAUCCCUUACCAUGAGAUUGAGAAAGGACGUAGGCUUGUUCAAAACAUUGCAGACUACCAUAAAUAUUAUAGCUUUCAUGAGGUACAGGGAAGAAAGACUAUUGAUUUUUCAUCAGGUAACAGUUCUUGGAAUAGUGGGAGCAUCACAUUCUGUCUUGCUGAGGAAGGAUCUUCUGAAUUCUGUAUGGAAAACUUUGUAUCCUCAGAUGAAAUUCUUGGGAAAAAAUGCUGGAAAAUUGAGACAAAAGGAACAAGUGAUAUAGUCCUCGGCACUGGAGAAUCACAUUAUUUAACAUACACUGAGAUAACGCUGAAAAUGUUUUUACUUAUACCAGUUGACCAGAUGAGUGUGGUGUCUGGUUAUAAAACUUUGUCAGACACGCGGUAUGGAUCAUAUUACGGAAAUGAUAAAGAAAACAAUUUUUUUGCCAUUCAGUCAAGUAAUGAUGCUUAUGCUAUGGAGGUCAUGUUGGAUUAUUACUACAAGCUUUAUGGAAAGAAAGGGGGUGAUUCGUUUUAUUUAGGACCUCAGAGGAGCCAUGUAGAGGGACAAGGGGGGAGAGACAUUUACAUUAUUCCUGAGACUGGGGGAAACACUCAUAUAAACAAUUAUGCUCCAGAUAUGGCUACUGAUUUACUCAUUCUCAGUGUAAACUACUGUGACAUAUCAGUAACAAAAUCAGGAAAUGACGUUAUUUUGCAAUAUUUAACAAAUCACAAUGUAAGAAUACUAAACUGGUUUCUGGGAGAGGAGUACCGUCACCUAAACAUGAUGUCAGCUGAUGGUGUCUUGUUCGACAUCCACCCCACUGUCAUUUCUUCCGUUAAGCUUAUUGCUCUAGGCGUGAACAAAAUGUCCAAAACUCAGGGUCAGAGAGUAAAUGCAUUGGAGCCUCUGCUACUCAGUGUGACCAACAUCGUGGGCUCUCCUCAAAAUGAUUGGCUAAUUGGAAACUUGCAGAAGAAUGUGAUUGAAGGUGGUGGUGGAACCGACCACAUGAAAGGAGGAGAGGGAGAGGACAUCUAUGUGGUGAAUGAAAACUCAGUGGUUUACAUUGAGAAUCAUUCUCAUGAUAAAGAAACUGAUAUGUUGAUUACAGACACAAAACUUCAUGAUUUUAGAAUCAAAGUACAAGGAAAUGAUUUAACUCUUAUGGCACAAAAUCAGAAAAUGCUUGUCACUCUGGUAAAUUGGUUCCGUUUCGACGCAGACCGUCAUCUUCUAGUGGUUGCGAAGGAUUUGGUGACUUUCACCAUCUCUGAGGACAAGGCUGCCUGCAGAAAGUCUGACCUUUUCGAAAGCAAGUGCAUCUUGAGCCAAGUUAUUGAUUACAGUAAAUCGAAAAUUUCCCUUGAAAUAGACAUGCAAAGUGAUGAGGCAUUACAGAGUGUAACCGAGGUCUAUGGUUCAGACUUAGAUGAUACCAUCAAGGGCAAUGCAAAACGCAACAGCAUUAUGCCUGGACAGGGAAACGAUUUCCUUCAGGGAUUAGGAGAGGAGGAUUGGUAUGUAGUGACUCCAGGCCAUGGUUUGAAGACCAUUGACAACUACUCCCCAGACACUAUAGUAGAUACACUGUUCUUAAGAGAAAGAUAUGAGUUCAUCUUUUGCAUAUGUGAAGAAGUACACCUUUCAAUAUAUAUAAAUUACACCAAAGAAGUCCUGUUGAAAGGCUGGUUCAAUUCAAAACAGUCACAACACCUUCAAAUCCAGUCUGCUGAUGGGAUAACAUUUAAACUCAUAGACGAUCUCAGCCAAUGCGGAGGUCGACUUAUGUUCCCACAAUCUGUUGAUUACAGGAAUAGAGCAAUAGGGCAGAUCAUGCGCAUGGAGGACGAAGAGUUUGCCACAGUGGUGGAAAUGUAUGGGUCCUCUGGUCUUGACUUCAUGGUUGGAAAUGAUAACGACAAUUUGUUGGACCCCUUCACAGGAGGUGGGCAAAUGAUGGGAAAAGAGGGAACUGACCGCUACGUUGUGAAACCUGAAUAUGGGAUGGAUCUCUGGAUUGAUAACUUUGCAUUGGAUGAGAAGGUGGACACUGUGCUGUUCAAGGCAGAAUUCCUCUCUGGCCACUUCACAGUUGAGUCUGAGGAACAUGACAUACUGGUAAGCACCACUGAAAAAGGGCAGAAAAUGCAAGUUCGGCUAAUCAAUUACAGAAAUGGACGUCAAAAUCAACAUCUAAGUUUCCAGAGUCACGAUGGAGUAUCUUUCAGGGUGAGGUCUCCAGUUAGACAGAACAGUGAAAAAGCACCGACUCCUUGGAUCGAGCCGUACAAGGUGAAGCUGGUUGAAAAACAGACAGACUGCCGAAUAGAUCUGAGCUUGCAUGGCAGCCUCUCCACUGUUCACACAGUGCAGGGCUGUCUCAAUCAGAGUAAUCAUAUCCUGGGUAACAGGAUGGACAACGCACUCUUUGGUGGCAUGAAAGACGACGCCCUAGAGGGAGGUCCAGGACAUGACACCUUGAUUGGUGGACAGGGCAGUGACAUCCUGAUGGGGAACUCUGGGGAUGACACUUUAUAUGGAGAUGAGGGAAAUGAUACCAUGCUGGGGGGCUCAGGAGCUGAUGUCUUUGUCCCCGGGCUUGGAGCAGAUUUGGUGGAUGGGGGCUCGGGCAGAGACACUGUGUUGUACCUGGGAGAUCACAAGAAAGGUGAAGGGGUUUAUGUCAACCUGCAGACCGGUGAAUGCCGACAGGCAGAUGCUGAGGGAGACGUACUCAAGGACAUUGAAAAUGUGAUUGGCACUAUUUACUCAGAUGUGCUUAUUUCAGGCUCAGAGUCAACUCUGCUUAAAGGCUCAGAUGGCGAUGACAUCCUGGUAUCUGUCAAUGGGGACGAUUACUUGGUUGGAGGAGAGGGUCAAGACAUCUACCUGUUAGUUUCUCCUAAUGGCCUGCUGACUAUUAACAACUGUGCCGAUGAUAAUUCCACAGAUAUCUUGUACCUUGACUUCCUGUCUCAGGAUGAUGCAGUAGGCUGCUCACAGACAACUAGUUGGCUGUCUCUGACUUUCAGUGGGUCUGAUGGUUCAGUGGUUGAGGUGAGACUGAUGGAAUGGCAUAACAGCAGCGAUAAAUGCGGCCAUUUGACACUAAUCCUCAGGGAAGGAGCGACGUCUAUUGAUAAACUACAGAUCUGCCAGCAUAACGACAUGUUCAUUUACUUGGUAAGAGCAGUAGCAGUUGCCACAGUUGCUAUAGCUGCAGUAGUUCAUGUGAUAGGAAUACUUUUAUCCUUCCUUAAGUGUGUCCGCAGAAAUAACGAGGUGAUCGGUCAAGGAAGGCCAGUUAAUAAUGAGGGAGAGGCCGGUCUAGAGAGUUCUGAGGAUGUAUCAGACCCUUAGGCUAAAUUCUGGACGGAGAUAAAACACAUCAGUGAUGCAUCACCCUGGAAAAAAUCUUGUAAAAUUUAUGGUAAAUUAUUGCCAAAAAAGUUGACAAUGAAUAAUUCUAAAUGUAGAAUAAUUUGCCAUGAACAAUAUUUGUGUUUUACUGUCACAGAAAAAAAGUAAUUUUCAGCUUUCAGAUUAUUCUGUUUACUGCAUUUUCUUGUAAUUCUCAUUUAUACCCGGUAAUACCCUGUAAUUUCACAUUUUCCUGUAAUUCUCAUUUAUACCCGGUAAUACCCUGUAAUUUCACAUUUUGCUGUAAUUCUCAUUUAUACCCUGUAAUACCCUGUAAUUUCACAUUUUGCUGUAAUUCUCAUAUAUACCCUGUAAUACCCUGUAAUUUCACAUUUUGCUGGAAUUCUCAUGUAUACCCUGUAAUACCCUGUAAUUUCACAUUUUGCUGUAAUUCUCAUAUAUGCCCUGUAAUUUCACAUUUUGCUGUAAUUCUCAUUUAUACCCUGUAAUAUCACAUUUUGCUGUAAUUCUCAUUUAUACCCUGUAAUACCCUUUAAUUUCAUAUUUUAUUAAUACUGUAAUCUUUAUUUACAUUAAAUUCCAGUAAUUUCAUUUACUAAUUGCCAAUAAAGUACUGUAAAAAGGGAAGGGGUUUCUCUAUGACUUGGGUUGGUAGUAGCGUUUGGGGGGUCAAGGAGUCCGAUGUUAGUGGUUUAUGGUAGUAUAUUGUGUGAAGUUUAUUGAAUUGGCGGACUACACAUCCCAUCAUCCCCUGCGUACCACAAAAUAACAGUCCAUGCUUAGUGUGCUGUUUGGUUUAUUUCUUUC